UAUUAAUAAGAAAUGAUCUAAGCUGGAUAUAAUCUCAAAUAAAACUUCACUGAUCUUGGUUAAAUAGGAAAUAUGCAAGUUGUAGAAAAAAUAAAGACAGGUGAAUUAUUUUGCAAUAAAAUCAUCGAAGAAGAAAAAUAUAAUAAAUGUAAAGAGGCCAUUGAUAUUAUAAAAACUAUUAAGCAUAAAAAUUUAGUUCAAAUUACAGAAGUUAUAGUGGAUGAUUUAAAAUAAGAGGUUAAUAUAAUUAUGGUUAAAUAUGGGCGGAAUUUAAAACAGUUAAUUUAGAAGGAUCAAGAGUUUUUUAAAAAUCAAGACAAUUUAGAAGACUUUAUUAGAUAAAUCAUAGAUGGUUAUUGGCAAUUAAUCGAAGUCAAGGUUAUUCAUAGAGAUCUUAAGCCAGAAAAUAUACUAUGCAAAGAAAUUGAAAUCAACCAAUAUGAAUUCAAGGUAUAAAAGUAUAUUUAAUUGAAGAUAUCAGACUAUGGGUAUUCGAAAGUUAUUAGUUCAAAUAUUCCUCAUGAUAUGACCCAUUUUGAAGGAAAUUUUGAUUAUAAAGCUCCAGAACAAGCAGGGGAUGAUUAUUCAUUUCGAUGUGAUGUUUAUUCUGUAAAUUACCAUAUCAUUUCAAGUUUGGUCUCAUUUUAGCAGAAAUAGUCCUGAAUAGAAAAUUAAAGGAAGAAGAAAAUAAAUAGCAACUUCAGUUCCAACCAAAUGUAAGUGAAGAAAUACAAAAAUUAAUAAGGUCUAUGCUUAUAUUAGAAUCUUCUUAAAGGAUUUCUUGGACUUAACUCAGAUUAAGAUACUUCUACAAUAAAAAAGAGCGUCAUUUGGAUAAAAGGUGUAGGAGUGAAAACGUUAUUACUCAUGAAAAGGUUUGGAUUAAACCAAUAUGUAAAAUAGAGCAUGGAAAUAUAAAUAAUGAAAUUAAUGAGAUUAAAAUUAAUUUUAAAUUAAAGAAUAACAAAGAACAAAUCAAUCAUAUAGUCAAAGUUUUAGAGAUUUUAAAUGAAUAUUCUUAUGGAUAUGCCUAUUUGAUCAUGGAAGAUUGUGAUGGAGAUCUCAAGGAGCUGUUAAAAAAAUAAGGUAACUUCACAUAUGAAUAGAUACUUGAGUUUCUCGAAUAAUUGUGCAAAGGAUAUCAAUUUCUAAUAAAUUAAGAUAUUCUUCAUCGUGAUCUAAAACCUGAAAAUAUACUUUACAUCAAAACAGACAAAGGGUAUAUAUACAAAGUAAAUAACUCAUAAUGUUCUAGCUUGCUGACUUUGAACAUAGUUUUGAUUUGAAAGAGAGAAAGAAAUCUGCAAAUACAAAAACUGGAACACUAAUGUACUAAGCUCCUGAAGUUGAUGAAAACAAAAACUAUGAUUACUAAUGUGAUAUAUUUUCAGUAAGAAUAUUAACCAAAGAUAGUUAGGAAUCAUAAUAUUGGUAUUGUCAACUUCCAUAGAGAUUUCAGGAGAUUAAAUGAAAAUUAUGAAAAAAAAAUUAAAAGAAGAGAUAUGUAUCACAAGAAUACUUGAAGAUUCACCCUUUGAGUUGACGAUUUCUACAAUGAAUUAGAAGAUAAAAGAAUUGCUUAUGCAAAUGAUAAGAUAUAAUCCUGAUAGAAGAAUAUCCUGGGCACAGUUAACUAAAAAUAUUUAAGAUCUAAAAUAAUAAAAAUAAUCUAUUCAAAGUUAAUUUUAAUCUAACAAAUGCAGCUCUGAUUUCAAUAACCGAAAUUUUUAAAAGUAAUAACAAUAUUAAUAAUAAAAAAAUGAAUAACAAUUUAAUGGAUAAAAUCCAAAAAUUUAAGAAUCUACAAACCAAGAAAAAUAAGCCUAAACUUAGUCUGUUAAAACUAAUUUUAAUUCCAACUAAAAUUAACAAAAUAAUUAGAAUAGUAUAAAUAGUUAAGUGUAAGGUCGGUUCCAAUAAUCUUAAUAACAUCCUAGAUAAAGUAAUAUGGCGAAUUAAUUUGAAAUCUCGAAAUAGCAGAAUUAAUAACCCUAGCACGGAAGGACCACACUUGAAAACCAACCUUUAUAAUAGUGGUCGAUUUAAGAUUAGCAUCUAGAGAAAUUUCCAUAAAAAUAAUGCUUUAAUUAAUUCACAUAAAUUAAAAAUUUCCAGGGUUAAUUUUAAUUACCGGCAAGUCAAGAUAAAUAAGCCUAAAGAUAGAAAGAUGAACUUCAUUCUAAUAAUACAUUUUCAUUUCCAAAACCUGAAAUUCCUGAUAAUGCAUCUUAAAUUAAUGAUAAAUAAAUACAUUAAUAAGUAAAUUAAAAUUGCUAAGAUAAUACAGGGUUGUAAUAAAAAACUUAAUAAACUUCACUCUAGCUACAAAGACUAUUAUGCGGUUCAACUAACCCAUUAAGCAAAUUGCCCAAUUAAUAAUCUCCAAAAUUACCUACUUAAACUUAAUAAUUUAGCUGUCAGUUUAACUAUGUUAUUCAAAAUAAGAAUGAUGCUAAUAAAUCAUUUCCAAAUUUUGAAGGUUAAUAAUAAACAAGUAAGAAUUAAUGUGCCUAAGUCUGUAAUAAUGCGCAACCAUUUAAGUUUAAUCCAAUUUCUACUCCUUAGCAACAAUAAUAACAAUAAUACAAUAAAUUUAAAUACCAAACUUAAGACAAUAAGUAGUUUUAACAACAUCAAAUGAACUUUAACCAUUCAUCCAAUUUAAACUAAGGACAAUAAAAGGGAAUUAAUUAAAUUCUAUUUACACCAAAAGGUACAAAUCCAUAAAAUAACUGAACC